GUUUAUUGAAGAGUUGAGGGUUUAUCUGUUAUCAUUAGCGAGGUCCAAACAGAAGAAUAAAGAAUUAGCGAGGACAGGCUCUGAAUUUCGGUUCGAUGAGGAGUAGUUGGGGAAGAACUUUGGGAAAUGUGAGGUCCUUCCUAGGCAAUUCUAUGGGAGGUCUUAGAGGAGGAGCCAACCUCGCUUCGUGGGCCGUGGCUGGAACCCUAGCUUAUUACCUUUGGGUCAAGCCAGCCCGAGACCUCCAGCGUGAACAAGAGGAAAGGGCAGCGCUUGCUGCUUUGGAUGAUCCUUAUCGCUAUGUUGAGAAACGAAAACCAAUUCCCGACCCACAGGAAACUGGUUUGAUAUACGGUAACAAGAAUAAAGGAACUCGUAAACAGGAAGAAUAAAGUGCUGGACAUCGCAUACUUGAUACUUGUAUGGCUUUGGGGCAAGAUGGUGUCAGUCGAUUAAGCACUGUAUUACAAUUGUUAGAUUCUCUGUUUUGGUCAAUGGCACUCCCGAAGGCUUCUUCAACAGCUCUUGCAGAUUGAGACAAGGGGAUCCAUUAUCCUCACUCUUAUUUAUUCUCGUCUUGGAAGUGUUAAGCAAAAUGUUGGAAAGGGCGGUGGAUAUGGGUUUCAUCUCGGGUUACUCGGUGGGUGGUUCUAAUCAAGGAAGCUUGGCAGUUUCCCAUCUGCUUUUCGCCGAUGAUACGUUGAUUCUUUGUGACCCAGAUCUGGAUAAGAUUUGCUCUCUCAGAGCACUCCUACUUUGCUUUGAAGUUGUAACUGGCCUUAAGGUGAACUUAUCUAAGUCGGAAGUAGUACCCGUUGGCUCGGUCAACAACUUAGGGGAGGUGUAUGCUAUCAUGGAAUGCAAGGUCACAUCCUUGCCAAUGAAGUACCUUUGACUUCCUUUGGGAGCCCCUCAUAAUUCUAAGGCAAUGUGGGAAGAGAUUGUUGAGAAAAUUGAAGGCAAACUGGCGGGAUGGAAGAUAAUUUACUUUUCUAAAGGUGGGAGAAUCACACUUAUUAAGAGUACGUUAUUCAAUCUCCUAACGUAUUUUCUUUCCUUAUUUCCAGUGCCUGCAGGGGUGUUGAAUAGACCGGAAAAGAUUUUUCGUUAUGUAUUAUGGGGAGGGCUAGAGGAUACAAAGAAAUUUCAUUUGAUCAAAUGGGAUAAAGUAUGCACCAUGUUGCCUUGUGGCGGGUUGGGCUUAAGAAAUUUGAGAACCGUCAACAAGGUACCUCUCAGUAAAUGGUUAUGACGCUUUAACCUUGAGGAAGACGCUCUUUGGAGAAAUAUUUUAGAGGUCAAAUAUGGGAGUGUAUGGGGAGGUUGGCGUUCUUAUGAAGUCAGAGGGGCUCAUGGCGUGGGAGUUUGGAAACUUAUCUGAAAGGGCUAGGAUAAUUUUCUCGGCAACUGCAGGUUUGAGGUGGGAAGGGGCACGCGGAUCAAAUUUUGGCAUGAUAUUUGGUGUGGAGAUGUGGCCUUGAAAAACGCUUUCCCCUCUCUUUAUAGGAUUGCGUUGGAUCAAGGCUCUUCCAUGGCUAAUAAUAUGUGCAAUAAUUUUGAUUCCAUUAUUUGGCCUGUAAGAUUCACUAGAGCUGUACAGGAUUGGGAGAUGCAAGACAUUAAUGAUUUUUACAGGGUGUUAUAUGCGUUGAAGCCAAGGGUAGAAAGGGAGGACAUAUUACUUUGGACUUGCACAAGGAACAAGAAAUUUUCAGUUCGUUCAUAUCACAAAGCCUUGUUGACCCACUCAUUCAAUGACUUCCCUUGGAAGAGCAUAUGGAGGAGCAAUGUUCCUCUCAAAGUAGCUUUCUUUGGGUGGGUGGCCUCCCAUGGUAAAAUCUUAACAAUUGACAAGCUAAGGAAGCGUGGACUCUACAUAACAGAUUAGUGCUACAUGUGCAAAUGUAACGGCGAAUCAACUGAUCACCUUCUUCUUCACUGAGAAGUAGUUAAGGUAUUGUGGGAUGCAAUUUUCUCGAGACUUGGUAUUGCAUGGGUCAUGUCUAAGAGGGUGAUAAAUCUAUUGUCUUGUUGGCGAGGGAUUAGGGGCAAUCUCCAGAUCGUUGCAGUAUGGAAGAUGGUACCUCUAUGCAUAAUGUGGUGCACAUGGAACGAAAGAAAUGACCUCUAUUUCGAGGAUAGGGAAUGCUCCCCAGACAGUUUUAGGGGCUUUUUCUUUCAUACUUUGUUGUUUUGGGCCUCCUCUAUUGUAUGGAAUGGAAUGAGUCUAAACAAUUUGUAUGCUACUAUUAGUAGCACGUAGUUUUGUAAUUAGGCUCUUUCUUGUAUAUUUCUUGCGUAUUCAAGCUUUGCCUAUUUACGUGAAUCAAUAAAACUUCUUUUACCUAUAAAAAAAAAAAUAAAAAAUAAAAAGUUAUGUGGUGCAUCUGGAUGGAAAGGAAUGAGAGGUGUUUUAAUGAUAGGGAGCUUUUUGUAGAUGAUCUUUGAAAAUUUUUUAUGUUUUCCCUGUUUUCUUGGUUUUCAGCCAUUGCUCUUAAUGGUGGGGGCAGUCCAUGAGUUUUUGUUUUCGCUGUUUUAGUUCUUGAAUGUUCUUAGGUGUUUUUUGUAUACUUUCUAUGCACAUGGGCUUCGCCUAUUUUAUUCAUUGAAUAAAAUUUUUACUUACAAAAAAAAUAAAUAAAGUAGAUAUAAUUGAUGA